AUGAGCGGCGCCGUCGCCGGCGCCGGGGGAGGGUUCUCGGAGAAGGAUCAGGCGCGCGGGCGGGUACAGGCCACCAAAGUAGCGCGCUACUGGCCCGGGAGAGCGCCGAAGUGGGCGGAGCAGGAAGAGCAGGAGCCUGUGGACGCGAACAGGGAGCAGGAGGAUGCUUCGGGGUCGGAGGACGACGAAGAGCCUAUGACGACGGACGUCGCCGCCCCCGUCAUCGUGCGGAAGGUGGACGACCCGCGGUUGCGGCGACUCCAGCAAGCAGAGAGCCCAGACGAUGACGAGGAGGACGAGCCGAGCCACCGCCGCGUCGCACAGGCCGCCAUUGUCCGCCGGGGCCGUCAGACCGCGUCGGAAUCGGAAUCCGAGGAAGACGAGGACGAGGACGAGGAGGCGAUGGAGCGGCGGCGCGCAGCAAUCAAGGCGCGGGCGCUGCAGCGGCGGAAAGAAGAGGAGGAGGCACUAGCACGCGCACAGGAGGGGAGCGAGGGCGAGGAGGAGGAGGAGACUGACUCGUCCGAGUACGAGACGGACAGCGACGACGGCGCGCCGGGCACCGCGGGCCUCGUGCGGCCGGUGUUUGUUUCGAAGCAGCAGCGGGAGACGCUGCGGAGGCAGGAGGAGGAGCGCAGGCGCGAGGAGGAGGCCGAGGCGGCCGCGGAGGCCCUGGCGGAGCAGCGCCGCGAGGAGACGCGGCGGAUGGUGGCGGAGCAGCUGCGUGCGGAGGACGCAGCGGAGGCGGCGGCGGGGGAGCAGCCGCUGCGGGACGAGGACGACGUGGACACGGAGGACGACGAGGACGACACGGAGGCGUUCGAGGCGUGGCGAAAGCGCGAGCUCGCGCGCAUUCAGAGGGACGUCGAGCGCGUGGAGCGCAAGGAGAAGGAGCGGGAGGAGCGGGAGAAGCUGCGGCGGAUGACGGACGAGGAGCGCGAAGCCUACCUCGCCCAGCGAGACAAGGACCUCGGAGAAAAGAAGAAAGGGAAAAUGAAGUUCCUGCAGAAAUACUGGCACAAGGGCGCGUUCUUCCAAUCGGGCGCCGACGGAACGGGGGAGGACGAGGGACCGGACGAGAUUCUGAAGCGGGACUACACGGAGGCGACGGGGAUGGACCGGCACGACAAGACGUUGUUGCCAAAGGUGAUGCAAGUGCGGAACUUCGGGCGGCGGGGGCGCACCAAGUACACGCACCUGCUGGACCAGGACACGACGGACAAGAACAGCCCGUGGGCGCGCCGGGAGACGGAGCAGCGCAUGCUGAGUCAGGGCAAGCGCGCCGGGGCCGAACAGAUAUUCUCGAAACCGAAGAAAUUCAAGACCUGA